GGGUGGCCAGCCCGCGUCCCGGGGAUUCUUUCCCUGCUGUGAGUGUCCUGGCGAGGCAGGGGGAGCUAUGCAGAAAUGCCAGCGCUGCCCUGGCUCCUCGUCAUCGUUCUCUGCCAGUGUGGCGGCCUGGCGUGUCCUGAGGGCUGCCGCUGCCCGCUGGAGAGCAGGGUAGUGAGAUGCACCCACGGGCAGCUGAGGGAGAUCCCCCAGGGCAUCCCCCGCGACACUCGCGUGCUCUACCUGGACGCCAACGAGAUCACCGGCCUCCCGGACGGCACCUUGCGGGAGCUGCGCCAGCUGCGAGAACUCUACCUCUCGGACAACCUGAUCGAGAACAUCUCCCCAGCCGCCUUCGGGGAGCUGGGCAGCCGUUUGCAGCUGCUGGACCUCUCCAAUAACCGGCUCCAGCAGCUGGGCCCUGCCGAGGCCGCCUCCACCCUGCGGGCCAAGAUGCGCCUCUACGGUAACCCGUGGCACUGCGGCUGCUCCCUGCAGGAGUUGCUGGAGGCCCUGCCCCUGGAGGCCGAGACGCUGGAGGACGUGGUGUGCUCCAGCGCGGCCCGGGAGGAGUACGUCGGCCAGCCCUUCGCCCUCCUGCUCAACACCGGCAUCGACUUCUGCAGUGUCCAGCAGAGGACCACGGACGUGGCCAUGCUGGUCACCAUGUUCUGCUGGUUUGCGGUGCUCAUCGCCUACGUGGUCUACUACGUUCAGCGGAACCAGGCCGAAACCCGCAGGCACCUGGAGUAUCUCAAGUCCCUGCCCAUUAAGCAGCCGAGUCCAGAGGAGGAGGAGGAGGAGGAGGAGGAGAUGGAGGAAGACACGCUCAGUACCAUCCUCUGACCCAGACUCUUUGCAGUGGGCGGGAGCUGUAUUUAAAAGGGGAAGGUUUUGACUUUGAACCACGAUGGCUGAGAAAUCGGCACGGCACCAAAUCCAUACAGAGUAUGCUGGAAAGGUUAGAGAGGAAGGUUGGCCUGGUGGUGCCUGGGCCAGGAGAGACCCGGGUUCUAUUUCUUACUCUGCCACAGACUUCCUGUGAUACUUUGGGCAAGUCACUUAGCAUCUGUGUGCCUCAGUUCCCCCAUCUGUACCUUAGGGCUUGUCUACAUGGGGAAGUUAUUCCAGAAUAAAGUAGGACAUGAAUCUGAAGCACAACAGCGAUGCUGGACCAAGAGUGUCCAAUCCUGGCGUCCACUCUUCAAAGAGGAGGAUGGAAAAAAUGAUGAUUCAGACAAGAGCUGCAAGAAUGAUUCAAGUUCUGGAAAACCUGCCUCAGAGCAAGAGGCUGAUGGAGCUCAACUUAUUUAGCUUAUUGUUCAAGAGGUGAAGAAAUAACCUGAUGAUGGUCUAGAAGCACCUGCCUGGGAGAUGGAGAUAUUCAAAACUAGGGGGUUAAUUUUAGACGACAAAACCCUUUAUUUAGGCACCGAAGUAAAUGUCCUGAUUUUCAAAAGUGCUCAGCGCCCAGCAGCUCCCAUUGACUUAACUAAACAUCUUAUUUUUGGCUUGACCUCCUCUGUGGAUCACUGUCCUUCUCACACGUUCCGAACUGGGCCACCACCGAUCAGUUUCAUAACCAGCUAGUUAGCGGCACGCAGUGACCCAGUGGGGCUGGGAAGGCUGCUGCGAGUUACUAGCAUAGACAGCUGUGUUCUACCUGCCGAAUUGUAGCUGGUUUUUGAAACUCAAACCAAAUAAAGAGCUGGUCUCCAAACUCCGCGUUCUUCUUCGAGUGCUUGUUCAUGUCAAUUCCAAUCCGGUGUGU